AUGGCGGCGGUGAAGGCUCUCCAGCAGUGGUGCCGGGUCCAGUGUGACGGCUACCGGGAUGUGGCCGUCACUAACAUGACCACGUCGUUUCGGGAUGGCUUGGCUUUCUGUGCUAUCAUUCAUAAGCAGAGACCGGACCUCAUCGAUUUUGACUCCUUAAAGAAAGAAAACAUCUACGAGAACAACAACCUGGCCUUCAAGGUAGCUGAGGAGCAGCUGGGAAUUCCUGCGCUUUUGGAUGCGGAAGACAUGGUAGCGCUGAAAGUUCCGGACCGCCUCAGUAUCCUCACAUACGUCUCGCAGUACUACAACUACUUCCACGGACGCUCCCCGAUUGGUGGUGUAGCGGCAGUCAAACGUCCCGCCGACCCACCUGCCGGCGGGCCGUCCGGCAAGAAGAACGCACCGGUGGUCUCCAAAGUGUUCAAGCCGGCUAAGGAGAACAAUCCUCCCGUUACGCUGAAUGUUACAACACCCGUCCCUAACCCGAGACAGCCCAGAUCCACUACACAAGAUGUUUCUGCUUUGAAAACUCAUCAGACGGGAACGCUGAGUAACAAGUGUGCGUCCUGCAAUAACCACGUCCAUCUGGUGCAAAGAUAUUUAGUGGAUGGGAAGCUCUAUCAUAGGAACUGCGCAAAGUUACUAUCUCCUCCAAAUGCAAGUUCACUCCUAAGAGACACUCCAUCCAGGGUUCCUCCUUCAGUAGGCCUCACCAAAAGCGAUACGGUGACACCCGUGGCGCCGUCAAGACUGGGCCCCUCAUUGCCGGUCCAGAAUCCGAGCCCGCCUUCCAGCACUUCGGGCAAAUCUUUAUCCCCACAUCGACCCGCUUUAAACCUCACCACACCCGCUGCGGGGAAUCCGACUGCUCCCGUUGCUAAACGACCGGUGUCUCAUGACACUACCAUCACUCCACCGGCCACUAAGCCCGUUGCUGCACCUCGGACAUCCACCACUGCGGCCAAAACCGUCCAGUCCAAGCUGAAGUUCUUCCAGGCUGAAAGCGAUGAUACCAAACCUGCAACCAAGACUGCAGACCCCGUCUCAAAAGGUUUUAAGUCUGCUGAGGCUAUCAAGCAAACCCAAGGAGAUCACGAGAGGUCUAAAGUGCAGAUUGGUGAAGACAAAGCAAGUCCAAAGAAACAUGGAGAUAGUCAAGGCAGUAACAUUGGUAAUGGAAUUGUUAAAGUGCAGUUAAAGGAGAAUUUUGACAAAAGCAAAGCAGAUACAAAGAAGUACGGAGUCAUUGAGGGUGGCAAGCAGAAAGCAAUGGAUACCCCCAAGAAACCCAAUAAGGAGGGAAAUGGAAUUGUUAAGGUGGAGUUAAAGGAGAAUUUCGACAAAAGCAAAGCAGAUACAAAGAAGCUCGGCGUCAUUGAGGGUGGCAAGCAGAAAGCAACGGAUACCCCCAAGAAACCCAAUAAGGAGGAAAGUAAAAACAGCAUGCCAACACCCAAGUCAGACCCGUCCAAGAAUAGUGAUGCUGCAUCUUGGUUCCGAAGCUGGAGGAAGGAGCCUGAAAGCGGGAGGAAGGAGCCUGAAAGCGGGAGGAAGGAGCCUGAAAGCGGGAGGAAGGAGCCUGAAAGCGGGAGGAAGGAGCCUGAAAGCGGGAGGAAGGAGCCUGAAAGCGCGAGGAAGGAGACUGAAAGCGGGAGGAAGGAGACUGAAAGCGGAAGGGGAAGAUUGAGGCUGAAAGUCAACCCUUCCAUCUUCUCUGACUUGAAGCCUCCACGUUCUGACCCCAGCCCAAUCAGAAGCAGAACUCCAGAAAGAGGCUUAAACCCUGUGCCACACAACACUUCAGAGACGGAGACCCCCGCAGAUUGGAGGUCAAUGCUCAAACCUGUUUCCAAAGAUUCAAAAUCUGCUGACUCAUCACAAACCUCCCCUAAAGUACCAACGAACAACACCUCGCAGUUAUCAGAGGUGUUGCGAAAGCCUGUGAACCCUCCUUCAUCCCAAGGUGUCCGGAGUGGUCAAAAUUGGCCCAGGAGCACUACAACAUCAGGCAAUAAAGUCGUAAAGACAAGGCCAGACUACAUCCCCAAAGAGGCUAUCCUGAAGGAGCUGAAGGAGAUCGAAGAUAAUCUCAACCUGUUGGAGAAGAGAGGGGUCGUGUUGGAAGCCAAGCUUCGCAACAGCGAGGACGAGGGUGAAGAUGACUCGCUCAUGGACGAGCUUAUGGUAGAGUGGUUCACCUUGAUCAGGAAUAAGCAAGUGGCAAUGCGGCGGGAGUCAGAGCUGGUCUAUAUUGGUAAAACCCAGGACCUGGAGGAGGAGCAGCCCAGUGUUGAACAAGAACUCCGGAAACUGAUCGAAAAACCAGACCAUCUGAAAACGCCGUUUGAACGGAAGCGAGAAGAAGAGCUGAUGAGCAAACUGAUGGAGAUCAUCAACGACCGCAAUGCCAUUGUGGAAGGUUUGGACGAAGACAGGCUCAGAGAGGAAGAGGAGGACGAGGAGCUGAACAAGUUGUUGGAGAAUUAUAGCGUAAAAAAAGACAAGUCCAAGAAAAAAUCUUCCAUCUCCAAAUUGUUCACGUGGGGCAACAAAAAGGAGGUGUGA